AUGUCCAGAGCCCCAAGCCCCCCUCCCCCGGCGGAAAUGUCCAGCGGUCCCGCGGUGGAGAGCUGGUGUUAUACGCAGAUCAAAGUGGUGAAGUUCUCCUACAUGUGGACCAUCAACAACUUCAGCUUCUGUCGCGAGGAGAUGGGGGAAGUCGUCAAAAGCUCCACUUUCUCCUCUGGAGCCAACGACAAACUCAAAUGGUGUUUGCGUGUGAACCCUAAAGGUCUGGAUGAGGAGAGUAAAGACUAUCUUUCACUGUACUUGCUCUUAGUCAGCUGCCCAAAAAGUGAAGUGCGCGCCAAGUUCAAGUUCUCUAUCCUCAGUGCCAAGGGAGAAGAGACCAAAGGGUACAGAGCCAGAGAGCGUACCGUCUUUGUCCAGGGGAAAGACUGGGGCUUCAAGAAGUUCAUAAGGAGGGACUUCCUGCUGGACGAGGCCAACGGUCUGCUGCCCGAUGACAAGCUGACACUAUUCUGCGAGGUGAGUGUGGUGCAGGACUCUGUGCACAUCUCAGGCCAGAGCGCGAUGAACGCGGUGAAGGUUCCCGACUGCAGGCUGGCCGAGGAGCUCGGAGAUCUGUGGGAGAACUCUAGAUUCACUGACUGCUUCCUGUGUGUCGCUGGACAGAAGUUCCAGGCGCACAAAGCCAUCCUGGCAGCUCGCUCGCCGGUGUUUGGUGCCACGUUUGAGCACGAGAUGGAAGAGAGCAAGAAGAACCGUGUGAAGAUAAAUGACGUGGCACCAGAUGUCUUCAAAGAGGUGAUCUGCUUCAUCUACACAGGCAAGGCCCCCAACCUGGACAAGAUGGCUGAUGACCUGCUGGCUGCAGCUGACAAGUAUGCUCUGGAGAGGCUGAAGGUGAUGUGCGAGGACGCUCCGUGCACGAGUCUGAGUGCGGAGAACGCCGCGGAGGUCCUCGUCCUCGCCGACCUGCACUGCGCCGAGCAGCUCAAGACGCAGGCCGUGGACUUCAUCAACGAUCACGCAGCUGAUGUGAUGGAGACGUCGAGCUGGAAGUCCAUGGUGGCCUCUCGUCCUCACCUGGUUGCGGAGGCCUACCACUCCCUGGCCUCAGCUCAGUGCCCCUUCCUCGGCCCCCCAAGGAAACGUCUCAAACAGUCCUAG